AUGACACCCUCAGCGGAUGCUUCCCCGCUGAGAGCUACAGUGUUGAACAGCGAAGUACAAGGACUGCAACAGAGUGGUCACACGCCAGCGUUCCGUUUCAUAGCGCCCACUACAGGACAAGAAGCCACGAGUGCAGGUCCUCCGGCGUCCACAUCUCCAACAUCUCCAUCUUCCAAUCAACUGUCGCCCGCUUUUUCCAAUGCCGAUACUCUCAUUAAGCCCGUCUCAUCCUCACCUUUGACCUUCCUCCCUCACGCAGAUCCAGAACCUGAUACUAGCGCAUUCGAGCCAAACUUUUGCGCAGACCACUUUUUCCGGCCUGUCCUUCACUCGAGAGUACCUUGUGUGCGAUGCUACUCACAACCACAGUGGCAGAAACAACGGGAGUAUUGGAUGAAUGCAUACCGGGAACAGCAUCCAGGAGUCACACAGGAUAUCGAGAACUUGAGCGGAAUUACUGCAGUAAGAGAACGAUAUAGUGCCUGA